CCCGCGUCCUCCUGACAAGCAGCGAAAAACCUUCAAGCUUCUUCGCAGCAGCAACAUGUGGUCAUCUCUUGGUAAAUUUAACCUUCUCGGGCGACCUAUCACCCGACGACCACCGGUCCCUCGCCUUCGACAUACCAUCCCGAACGAGCUGGAGAAAAUCCCCAAGGAAAAGGACCCCCAGUUUUCCAAAAUGGUACAGUACUUCUAUCACAACGCCUGCGUCAAGCUGGAACCUCGUUUGGUCGAAUAUCUCAAAAAAUACCCGCGCAUGAGCGAGGAAGAGCGUCGGAAUCGAGUUCGCGCCAUCAUCCAGAUUGCCGGCGGUACGGCCAAUACGCUGGAAAUUCGUUUUCCAGUGAUGCGUGAUAGCGGACAGUACGAGAUUAUGACCGGUUACCGCUCGCAUCACUCACUGCAUCGGCUUCCGGUCAAGGGUGGUAUCCGGUAUUCAAGUGAUGUAACCCGGGAUGAGGUACAAGCCCUGUCCUCGUUGAUGACGUUCAAGUGCGCUUGUGUGCAUGUUCCGUUCGGAGGAGCGAAAGGUGGUAUCCGAAUCGACCCCGGUAAGUACAGUCCCAAAGAGUUACAGAACAUCACCCGGAGGUACACAAUCGAGCUAGCGAAGAAAAAUUUUAUCGGUCCGGGUAUUGAUGUUCCCGCGCCGGACAUGGGUACCAGUUCUCGGGAGAUGUCUUGGAUUGCGGAUCAGUAUAGCAAGACCAUCGGACAUAGAGAUAUUAAUGCGCUGGCGAUCGUUACCGGGAAGCCUCUACAUCAGGGUGGAAUCCGUGGCCGAACAGAGGCGACUGGAAGGGGAGUGUUCAUUGCUACCAACUGUUUCGUUCGGGAGAAAGAAUGGAUGAAAGCGAUUGGAGUAGAACCGGGCCUAGAAGGAAAAACUGUUAUCUUUCAAGGUUUCGGGAAUGUCGGAAUGUAUGGUGCAAAAUUUUUCCAUGAAGCCGGUUGUAAAGUAAUUGGGAUUCAGGAAAUUGACGUGUCGCUUUUGAAUGAGGAUGGCAUAGACGUCGAGGGGUUGAUCAAAUACAAAGAAAUUAACAAUACUAUUAAAGGGUUUCCGAACGCAACAGAAACGGAAGAUGAUUUGCUGAUUUAUCCAUGUGACAUCCUCGUGCCGGCAGCAGUAGAAAAAUCAAUCAAUUCUGAUAACGCGGGAAAAAUUCAGGCUAAAAUAAUUGCGGAAGGUGCAAAUGGUCCCACUACACCGGCAGCCGAUAAGAUCCUUUUGAAUCGGAAAAUUCUGGUCAUUCCGGAUUUGUACUGUAACGCUGGUGGCGUCACGGCUUCGUACUUUGAAUAUUUGAAAAACAUCAACCACAUUUCGUUUGGAAAGCUAUCCUUCCGACAGGAGUCGGAAAACUUGCGCGAGGUUCUGAAAUCCGUUCAGGAAUCACUUAAAGAGGCCUCAGUUUGUGUGGAUGUGACUGCAACGGAUGUACUGAAGCACUAUUUGGACAAUGCCAACGAAGCCGAUGUCGUGGCCUCCGGGUUGAAGUAUGUGCUGGAAACAGCUGGCCGCGGUAUCAUGGCCGUUGCAAAUCAACACAAACUCUGUUUGGAUCUGCGUACAGCCGCGUACAUCUGGUCGGUGGAGAAGAUUUUCAAGACCUACGAUGGGUCGGGGCUGGCCGUUUAGAAUUAGACAAUUU